GAACGACAGACACUUAUAAUACAUACCUAUACCACCUAUAAUCACUGCCCAAAUCCUCCCCAAUAAUGACCGACUCGAAGCAAUAUCGCAAACACUUCAUACCACUAGAGUCAAACCCGAUCGUAUUCACAGACCUCAUCCACAAACUUGGCGUAUCCCAGUCACUAGCCUUCAGCGACGUCUUAUCUCUCGAUGAUCAAGAGCUACUAGCCUUUGUUCCUCGUCCUGUCUAUGCCCUCGUGCUAGUAUUGCCAGAUUCCGCAGCAUACGCGAAGCACAAAGCGGAGGAGGAAUCUGGUCUAGUGGAGUAUGCGGGCAGCGGUGCAGGCGAGGAUGCAGUCUGGUUUAAGCAGACCAUUAACAAUGCCUGCGGGCUGUAUGCGAUCCUGCAUGCCGUGGCGAACGGCGAAGCACGAGAGUACAUCGUGCCUCACCAGAGUGCAGCGCAAGACUCUACACUCGGCAAAAUACUGGAGGACGUCAUUCCUCUGGCCCCUGAGGGCCGCGCUCUGGCACUGGAGGGGUCAGGAGAGUUGGAGCGCGCGUAUGCUGCUGCUGCGACGCAGGGAGACUCGGUCGCACCAGACAAUCCCGAGGACGAAGUGGACGUCCAUUACAUUUGCUUCGUCAAGUCAGCUCGAAGUGGUCAUCUGUACCGUAUGGACGGAGACUCCAAAGGCCCGGUCGAUCUUGGACCUGGAGUUGGCCCGGACGAGGAUUUGCUCAGCGAAGGAGCACUAGGUGUUGUGAGAGAGUAUAUUCUUCGGGAGAAGAAUCAGAACUUGCGUUUCAGCCUGAUGGCUCUAGGUCCAAACAAUGACUGGGAUGACUAUUGACUGAGCAGAGCAAAACCUUCCCUUGAUAAUAUCUGGUACAUACCGUUGAUUCUAAUCUGGCGCUCUUGUAUCGCGUCCAAUAUAUUAUAGACUUUAUCUGUGCUGUGCCUCUGUGGCCUCGAGGUCGG